AUGGAUCCAGAGCAGGAAUCGGCACUUGACAACUUCCUCCAAGGAUUCAACCGAUCAACUUACGAAUUUCAGAUGCGCGAAAGCGAAAGCGAAAGACGCUGGCAGCCUGAGGUUGGACCGGUUCAACAGCCUCGACCGGUUCAACAGCCUCAGCAGCAAUCAUCAGAACUCUCGAACUCCAACACUCUGACACAGUCUUCGAAGCGAACCGUACAGUCCGUGGACGAGCAAGACCUUAUCGAGGUCGACCCGCGUCCGGCCAACGGUUCCUUCGACGAUUGGUAUAUCAUCGACCCGAGGGAAGCUCAAAACCAAGAAGGGGAAGAUGAGUACGACAGCUGGGUUGACGUUGCGCUGGACUGGUCUGUAGCCACUCAUGGUCUUCUGGGUCUGUAG